AUAAAUCCUUUUCAUUCUUCUUGUUUCUUUGGUGAAGAUUAAAAAUCAUCAUAUCAAUGUUUGUAAAGAAACAAAAUUAGAUCUACUUAGUUGAACAUUGUGACACUGUGCGCGUUAUUCCAACGAGAAAAAGUUACGAUGCUUUUAUUUGCUCCUUCUUUACCUGUGAAUACUCGCUCAUAUUCUUCUCGCUUCUUCUUCUUGAAAGAGAGAAACAUUUUUUGUGUUGGUUGUCACUUUCGACUUUGGCAACAGAUUCCGAAGAAACAAGUGGGAAAAAGUGUAUACGAAUAUAAAAGAUUCCAAACGAUAUGUUUAAACAACCACUCGGGUGAUAAGAACCACUUGGUACUGGGAACGCGUGGUUCUCCUUUGGCACUGGCGCAAGCUAAUCAAGUGAGGCAAAGUCUUGAAAAGCUAGCUGCAUCUCAAGAUAUACCAUUGCAAGUUGAAAUCAAGAUAAUCCAUACUACAGGUGAUCAAGUACUGGAUAGAUCUUUGGCUGAUAUUGGUGGAAAGGGUCUCUUUACCAAGGAAAUCGAUAUGGCUCAACUGCGAGGAGAAAUUGAUAUUGCUGUCCAUUCUUUGAAAGAUGUUCCAACUUGGCUUCCUACUGGAAUAGUAUUGGGAGCUGUAUUACCUCGUGAAGAUACUAGAGACGUAUUUCUUUCUUAUCAUUCGAAAGAUUUGUCGGCUUUACCCAACGGGGCUGUGGUUGGUUCGUCUUCCUUACGAAGACAAGCUCAAAUUUUGGCAAAAUAUCCACACCUGCAGGUACUCAACUUUAGAGGGAAUCUGCAGACACGCUUAAAAAAGUUGGAGCAACGUCAAGUGGAUGCAACUUUAUUGGCUUUGGCUGGAAUGCAUAGACUGGGACUAGAAUUUUCUUUUGCUCAUGUUUUGUCUUUUGAAGAAAUGCUUCCAGCAGUUGCUCAAGGAGCCAUUGGAGUCACUAUACGUGAGAAUGAUCAUUUCUCAUAUCGCUGGAUAUCUCAGUUGGAUGAUGCCAACUCCAGAAUUUGUGUAGAAUGUGAGCGAAGUUUUCUUUCUGCUUUAGAUGGCUCCUGUCGUACACCAAUAGCUGGUCAGGCAUGGAUUACGAAAGACAACAAACUACAUUUUCGAGGACUUGUGGCAUAUCCUGAUGGAUCUUCCUUGGUAGAAACUUUUAAAGCAGGAGAAUUGGUAAACAAUGUGGAAAUCGGAAAAGAAGCAGGAGAGGAGUUGAGGGCUAAGAUAGGAGAAAAUUUCUUUGAUUAUUUAAAAGUAGCUUGAGUGGAUCCUAAUAAAGGCCAUUUAUGAAAG